GGGGCUGACCCGACCCCUGGGUCCUGUGCGGAGCCAGGAUCCCGGCUGGGUGCCGGAGCUGACAUGGGUAUCUUCCUGGCUUCUGCUAUUACCACAUGAUUCGAACCGGUACGCCAUGCAAGCAAGGUCCCGGCUGGGAGUCGAUCCCAGUCAGAAACCAGGACCCAUUUCUAACCGACAGUGAGAUCCGAAUCGGGACCCUGGAUCGAAAAUCUGUCAGCCAAAGCCCUGGAACCCAGCUGGGACUAACCAGGAAUAGGGUGGGAUGGGGUCUCCCGAAACGCAGGCGACAAAAAAGGAAAAGUUGCCUAGAAGAGGAGGGAGAGUGUUGGAAAGUAGAAGUAAAUGCCAAGACAGUGGAAUGGGAUCAACGUGAGGGUACCAUUUGUAUGAAACUAAUUCCAUUCAGAACCAAGCACGCUGCUUAAUGGAUACAGAAGUCAGGUCCUUCUGAAAAAAGCUGGGUGAAGAGGAGGACAGGUUCGUGUUCUUUACGGUUCUCAUUCUUGUGUAUUAGCAAAGGUACAAACCACUAAAAGUGAGGAUUAAACUGAAUGAGAAGUAAACAUGAGGGAACUGUUGAAAUAAUGUGACUGAGAUUGGCGUCUCGUUUACAUGUUAAGGGUAAUAGUCAGAUUAUCCUGGAAUGCUCUGUGAUGCAAGUUUCCUCCUUAAACUUGACAAAUGUUACCUGUUCAAAAGGAGGAGAGUAUCAGCUUGGGAAAUGCAAAGUAGAUCUCUUCUUCCCCCUGGUUCCAGUACUGGUUCACGUUUUCAUUCAUAAUGUGGAUGAGGAAAGGGAGAAAGUGCUCAUUAAGCUUUGUGAAUGAGUUAGCAGGAGUAUUCUAGCUUAUUGUAAGGUAACUCCUAACAAGGGCCAUCGACAAUGCGGUAAAUGCACUUGACCAAAAUGGGCAUUAGAAUUUUAAAUGUCCUUGUCAAUUGGGAGAAAUAGAAAUAAACAGUAACAUCCAUGAGAGAUAAGUAAGAGAAUGGUUAAUGCUCUGUUAAUAUUGAAAUGUAAAAUGAAUAAGUACCAGUAAAAAAGAUUCAGAUGUUUAUGUAAUAGACUCAGGGUUGAAUGACUGAAUUAAUAAUGCUGUAUAUCCAAAAGUUAAUUGCAAAGUAGUCUCACUGUACUUAGACUGUGAGUACAGUGCAGGGUCUAAGGUGCUAUGUUUCAGGAUGGGUAUCAAAUGAAAAACAGAUCAGGGAAAGCAAUGAAAGUUAUUUAAUGGCUUGAAAAAUACAGUGUAAUAAUAUGACUGACUUAUACAUAUCACUACAAUUUAUUAAUCUAAGUGUUGCUUCCUUUCCUGUAGUUACCUUGGGAGGCUGUCUUAUUCCUACUCUUAUUCCAUAUAUUUACAUCAUGAUGUUGCUAUUAGCAUUUUAUAAAUUCCUCUGUUAGAAAUGUCUCUAGAACAUUUGGGUGUGUAUCUUUAAAGGGAGAAAUCUUUUUCCUGUGAUAAGAUGGAAUUGAUUUUUUUUUAGUAACUGAGACCAUUCAGAAUCAAAUCUGGUAAAUAAGGUGGGAUGAAAAUAGGAACUAGUGCUUGGGGUUAAAGAUAAGGUGGAACCGGAAAACAAGAAGACUGAUUUACUCCGGAGGCCUGUAAACCCACUGGGGGAACACUUCUGAAAGGAGUUCUAGAAAUGUUUUGAAUAACUGCAGCAUUGCUAGAAUAUGUCGAUUUUAGCCACCUCAGGUUAGAACAGUUCUGAGAACGGUUCUUAUUCAUUUAUAUAAACUGUGGAAUUUUUGUUUUUGAAAAAAUUUGUCAUGCUACGUUAUAGUCAUGCCUCAAAGCCCUACCUACGUUAAAGAAAUAAUUAUUUGAUCUGGAAGAAGAAUGCUCAAAAGUCUUCAAAAACACAAAAGCUUAUUUUAGAAGAAUUAUUUUCAUUUGCCAUUAAUGCUAGGAUUUGAUUAACUGUAAGGAAGAACUAGGUUAUACCAAUAGGAUUUAGUGUCAGUAUGUUAAAUACUGUUGUACAGACAUGAAAGUGAAGUUCAAAUCCCUACCUUCAGAAGGGGCUUCCCGGUUCACUAGUCCCCGGGCAGCUCUUCUUCCUCUUUCACUGUAAAUGGAUGGUGGAGAGGGAGAGGAUCCGGACCCUACCCCAGGACUGGAGGCAGGUAUCCAUGGUGGAGCCUACAGGGCAUCCACAGCAGAGUUUGCAAAUGAAAGCAGGCAUUGCCUCUUAGCAUGCAAGUCUGUGCACCCCUAGACACUCAUCAGGGUCAAGUUGACUUAAAAUAUCCUUGUGAAGGACCAUGGGAAGUCAGCAUAGCCUUGGUAGGCCCUAGUUACUCAGCUGGCUAUUUCCAGGGUCAUAAUAGGAGGUUUGAGAGCCCAGAUAAAUCCCAGUUUUGUUUUCUGGGCCUCAGAGGCAAGCUCCAGACUUUAUCUAUAGGGACAAGGUUCUGCAACCCAAAGCAGUCAGAACUCUUCUCAAAAUCAGCUGGCUAAGUACCCACCUGUCACCAAGGUGCUGCUGCUUAGCCCUGUAAUGGGGAAGCAAAUAUCUAUUUACAUAAUAAGUGAAAGAGGGAGAGAACAGAGGGAGGUAAGUCUUUUCCAAACUCCAAAUGUAAAUGGUUAUCUAUAUACCAGUGAAGGUUAGGAAACGGAAACAUUGGCUUUGCUUUUCUUGCAUCUAAUAAUAAUAAGUAUUCAAUAAAAGGCAGUUGUUCUUGUGUGCCAAGCACUGCCUGAAGUUCCUUAUAUAAAUUAUUCAUUUAAUCCUUGAAAUGGUGGACACCAUUUUCAUUAUUUUACAGAUGAAGGAAAGGAGGCUUAGAGAGCAGUUAAGUAAGUUGCCCAAGGUCACAUAGUUUAAGUGACAGAGUCAUGAUUUGAGCCCAGUCUGUCUGACUCCCAAGUCUCCAUACAGCCUCCUAAAAGCAGAUUUCAAGAGCCGAGCAAGGCACAGAAUUUUAUAAUAGAGCUUGUCCCUGACCACAUGACCUUCACAUUAAUAGCUGAUCAUGUAAACUAUUACCACCACAGAGAAACUUUAACAUGAAAACAAAAAAUACAGUAAAACUUGCAAAAGCCGGAACUUGUGUAAGGUGGAAACCUGACAGAGAAGGAAAACUCAAAUAUUUUCCUCUAAUAGAAGGUGAUAGAAAAGUUGUAAGACUGCACCCUGUCAAAGGCAGAAAACUUGCAAGACCCGGAAAAACAAAGCAGUCCCAUCAAGUUCCAGCUCUCACAGGUUUCACUGUAUGUAAUUAAACCUCAUUUGUUAUUGGUUACGGACCAGUUAGUUGCAUGUGUGUAUUUGUGAAAUGACUUAUAAAGAGACAGUGCCGCCAUGGUCUGUGAAUUCUAACAUAGGAACUAAUACCUCCGAGAAUCAUAUUUUAAUACAAUACAAAGCCUUGUAUUUAUAGCGCCUUAUAAGUUACCAAUGACUUUUACAUGCACUAUCUCUUUUAAUCCCCACAACAGCCCUUUGAGCCAGCCAUUCUUAACCUCAUGUUACAGAUGACAACAUUAAAGCUCAGAGAGGUUAAGUAACAUAUGUAAGGCCACACAUUUAGCAAAAUCGGGGCUCAAACUCAAGUUUUCUUACUCAAAUGUGGCUUGUCUUUUACCAUACCACUUACCUCCAAUUAGUCAGUUUGGCUUUUCUCCAAAGCCACGCAGUGGUUUAUAUUGAACUCUUCAAGGUUAUUCAUAAAUUCUUACUUAGUGAUUUCAGCUUUCUGCGAAACGUAGAUUAAUUGGCCCAAAAAUUUGGGGAGCCAUAUUUAUUUUUAUUUUUGGUAUAGCUUAUGCCCGGGUCCUCUCCAUAAGAGUGUAUUUUCAUUGAGUUGGAAUUGUUGUUAGAUGUAGGUAAGUGUGUACAACGUUCAAAGUAACUUACCCACAGUCCAUUUUUCUCUUGAGGGCAAAGGGUUCCAGACCUCUAGGGCCAGACCUUUCAACACUGGUUGCCUCAAUAUGCCUUUGACUCAACGGAGCAAUGGAAUUUCUGAGGAGGUACCCCCUGCCCCAAAUUUUGAGCAAACCUAUGGAAGCACACACUUCUUAACCCAUCAGGCCCAGUUUAUUAGUAGCCAUAUCGAGCAAAGACCAGUAGUCUCUCUGAACAACUCCUGUGAUGGAUUUUAUACCCCCUGGGUAAUGGGAAAGAUCAGUAAGUACACCCUUUAUUGGAAAUCUUUAUUGGAAAUCUAUGGGGUUUGUUUUGAGAAAUGGAAAAGAAUGUGUAAAACUGUGGUAAGUUAUCCUGUGCAUUUCUGAUUCAACCUCCAGUAAUUUACCUUCUAAGCUUCCAGUUCUUUGUUGGUAGCAGGAGAAAAUAACUCUCAGGAAUGUGGAUUGCUUGCGGCUAACCAAGACCCGUUAAUCUAGUUAGUUUCUUUUCUCCCAUGCUCUUGAGAAAAGGCAUUACUCUUGGAUUCCAGCUGGCCACCAGGAAGAUUCAAAUUUCAAAAUCCAGACUGAAUCCAAUGAUUGAGAUGAAGUAUUUAAGCUGUAGGUGGUCAUCAAUUGCCCAUAUUGGCUCACUCACUAAUGGCUCUACUUGUUCCUCUUUAAACUGAUGCAGACACAUCUGUGUAACAAAAAAUUCAUUCAUUCAUUCAGCAAACAAAUUUUGAUUGCCUACUCUGUGCUAGGCACUGGACAUUGAUUUUAUAUUAACCGUUUGUCUCUGUGCUACUUUUAACCUUGAAAUGGAUCAAUAGACAGAGGUCUUCAAUUUCCCAAAUUACAACAAACUUUGUCUAGAAACUUCAUUACAAUGUAUCUACCACAUACUUGUUCAAAUGAUUGAAUCCUCCAGAUUCCAGAGAUUGUGUUUAUUAAGAUUGGUUGUAUUUGCUAGCGGCGAUUUUUAAAUUUGGUCAGCUAAGAUUAGAAAUCUGGAAGUCCCUUCAGUUUUAGAGACUAGGUUGGUUUCCAGCUAGACACUCCCAGCUUCAUAGUUUCAGGGGAAAUUUUCUUUCCUAGUACGCUAGAGCGGCAUCUAUUAGGAGUGCUACUUCUGCCAAGAUCCUAACUUGCAAACCCAACUGCCAAUGCCAGAUGGUCUAAAAAAGUAUCAAAGGAUGAGCCAUCAUCUCAUUAGUCAGUGUAGUAUGUGGUCAGGAAGCAGGCCAAGGAUCAGUCUUCAGAAAUAAAGCACAAUGUAUGCUGUAGACAAUCAGUAUAUAUUCUGAGUUUAGAAUCUAUUUGUAAAGAACUCCUAACCUGUGUUUAUUAAAGACAAAAGCAACUUCUCCUGAAACACAUGCUUGAUGUUUGCUGCUGGGGCUGAAUCAUUUUGGAGUUCAAGGAUACCAACUAAAUGGUGAUAUUCUCAGAAGAGUAGUGGUGUUCCACCCUUAGGGUCACUAAAUAACUAGAAAAAACUAGAAAAAGAAAGGUCCAAGCUUUGGAAAGAUUGGCCGUAGAUUUGGAAAGAACUAAAACUGGAUGCCAAGUAUCACUCCUGCAUGGUUCCAUGUACAAGCUCUGAGGUCUGCCCAAUGCUCAAAUCCUAAGUGUUGAGGUUGGGCAAGAAAUUAGCAUCACUGACAUUGCUCUUCUUGCUGUAAUUUCAGACCCGGAUGCAGAGCCUACAGCCUGACCCAGCUGCUCGCUAUCGCAAUGUGUUGGAGGCCCUCUGGAGGAUUAUAAGAACGGAGGGCCUGUGGAGGCCCAUGCGGGGGCUGAAUGUCACAGCAACAGGCGCGGGGCCUGCCCAUGCCCUCUAUUUUGCCUGCUACGAAAAGUUAAAAAAGACAUUGAGUGAUGUAAUCCACCCUGGGGGCAAUAGCCAUAUUGCCAAUGGUGCAGCUGGGUGUGUGGCAACAUUACUUCACGAUGCAGCCAUGAAUCCAGCAGAAGUGGUCAAGCAGAGAAUGCAGAUGUACAACUCUCCAUACCACCGAGUAACAGACUGUGUACGGGCAGUGUGGCAGAAUGAAGGGGCUGGAGCCUUUUACCGCAGCUAUACCACCCAGCUAACCAUGAACGUUCCCUUCCAAGCCAUCCACUUCAUGACCUAUGAAUUCCUGCAGGAGCACUUUAACCCCCAGAGACGGUACAACCCCAGCUCCCACGUCCUCUCCGGAGCCUGCGCGGGAGCUGUAGCUGCUGCUGCCACAACCCCACUGGACGUUUGCAAGACACUGCUCAACACCCAGGAAUCCCUGGCUUUGAACUCAAACAUUACGGGACACAUCACAGGCAUGGCUAGUGCCUUCAGGACGGUGUAUCAAGUAGGCGGAGUGACCGCCUACUUCCGAGGAGUGCAGGCUAGAGUAAUUUACCAGAUCCCCUCUACGGCCAUUGCAUGGUCUGUGUAUGAGUUCUUCAAAUACCUGAUCACUAAACGGCAAGAAGAGUGGAGAGCAGGCAAGUGAAGCAGCCCUGAAUGAAGCCAGGGGUUCAGACAACACUGCUACGCCCUGCCACUCCAGCACAUUCUCUGUCUCUUGGCAUGCACUGGCCUUGAGUGGAGUUGGAAGAAAGGUACAGGGCUCUCCCCAGGCUGUUGGUGUUUUGGCUCACACCAGUUCCUGCCAACCUUCAUUGCUGCCACCUUUCCUUCCAGGCCCUAAGCAAGUGCAGCAAAGCACACCGCAGCACCUUUGACAGUCUCUCUCCAGCCCGGGCCUGGUGACCUGCUGUAGACUGUUAUAGAGGGAUAAGCAGCUCAUUCCCCUGGUUCCUAAUAAAAAGCCUUUAAGUUAAA